AAAUGUUACUUAUCUAAAGGAUGGCCUGGCCAUCCAUUCUAGCAUAUUCUCUCUCACAAUGCUCUGCCCUCUCUUUUAAAAUGUGAAUGAAUAAAGCAAUUUUGGAGCAAUCAAAACAAAAUAAUACUCUACAUAUAAAAAUACACUUACACAGCACCAAAUACACUCACACACACAUAAACCUCCAUCUGAAGCCUGGAACAAAAUACAAAAAGUAAAAGAAGGUCAGUGGGCGCCUCUGCGCUCACGGGAAGAUGGCCGAGCCGGCAUCCAAGUCGGUGCUGUUUGUGUGUCUGGGUAACAUUUGCCGGUCACCCAUUGCAGAAGCAGUUUUCAGAAAACUCUUGACUGAUCAGAACGUUUCAGACAAUUGGGGGAUAGACAGUGCGGCCACAUCCACCUAUGAGAUAGGAAACCCCCCUGACUAUCGCGGGCAGGAGUGCAUGUGGAGGCAUGGUGUGCCCAUGAGCCACAUGGCCCAGCAGGUCACCAAGGAAGACUUUGCCACCUUUGACUACAUACUAUGUAUGGAUGAAAGCAACCUGAGAGAUUUGAAUAGAAAAAGUAAUCAAGUUAAAAACUGCAAAGCUAAAAUUGAACUACUUGGGAGCUAUGAUCCACCAAAACAACUCAUUAUUGAAGAUCCCUAUUAUGGGAAUGACGUGGACUUCGAGGCUGUAUACCAGCAGUGUGUGCGGUGCUGCAGGGCCUUCCUGGAGAAAGCCCACUAGGGUUGGGCAGUCCCCGCCGGCUGCUGCAUGCUCAGAUGCCGGAAUGUUCCCCAGGCCUCACGUGUGUCUUCC